CCAGAGAUCCUGAAGAACUACAUGGAUGCCCAGUAUUAUGGUGAGAUUGGCAUCGGGACCCCCCCACAGAAGUUCACUGUGGUCUUCGACACUGGCUCCUCCAACCUCUGGGUGCCAUCUGUGCACUGUCACCUGCUGGACAUCGCCUGCCUGCUGCACCACAAGUACGAUGCCUCUAAAUCUAGCACCUACGUGGAGAACGGCACCGACUUUGCCAUCCACUAUGGGACGGGGAGCCUCUCUGGAUACCUCAGCCAGGACACCGUCACGCUCGGUAACUUGAAAAUCAAGAACCAGAUCUUCGGGGAGGCCGUGAAGCAGCCAGGCAUCACGUUCAUUGCUGCCAAAUUCGAUGGCAUCCUGGGCAUGGCAUUCCCAAGGAUCUCUGUGGACAAGGUCACCCCUUUCUUUGAUAACAUCAUGCAACAGAAGCUGAUUGAGAAAAACAUCUUCUCCUUCUACCUGAACAGAGACCCCACCGCUCAGCCCGGCGGCGAGCUGCUCCUGGGAGGGACCGACCCCAAGUAUUACAGCGGCGACUUCAGCUGGGUCAACGUCACGCGCAAGGCCUACUGGCAGGUCCACAUGGAUGCGGUGGAUGUUGCCAAUGGGCUGACUCUGUGCAAAGGGGGCUGCGAGGCCAUUGUGGACACAGGAACCUCGCUCAUCACUGGCCCCACCAAGGAAGUGAAGGAGCUGCAGACAGCCAUCGGUGCAAAACCACUCAUCAAAGGCCAGUACGUGAUCCCCUGCGAUAAGGUGUCAUCUCUGCCUGUCGUCACGCUAACGCUAGGAGGGAAGCCCUACCAGCUCACCGGAGAGCAGUAUGUCUUCAAGGUUUCUGUACAAGGAGAGACCAUCUGCCUGAGUGGCUUUUCAGGCCUGGACGUCCCACCCCCCGGGGGCCCGCUCUGGAUCCUGGGAGAUGUCUUCAUCGGUCCCUACUACACCGUCUUUGACCGUGAUAACGACUCUGUUGGCUUUGCCAAAUGCGUCUAAGCGCCUGACCCCCACUGCCUCUGCCACACACACACUUAUACACACACACACAGGAGCCGUAGAGAAAGAUUACCAGGAUUAGAAACCCAGUGAGUGG